GUUGCAUAGCCCAAUGGGCGCCCUUGCAGCAGCGCUGGGCUGAUGGGCGAUAGCGUGGGCGGUCUCGAGGAGGUGCCCCCAGCUUCCAGCGGGCCGGGCCGCACCCUGAAAUGGACUACCAGGGUGGAGGAGGCAUACGAGGCGGCCCUCGAACAAGUGGGAGGCCUGGAGGCCGCCAAGCCCAAGUCGGUGCUGGACCAGAUGCGGGGCGAGUUCCCCAGCCUCACGCUCCAGAGCGUGAAGUGGAAGCUGCUGGCGCACCGCCGACGCGUGGAGCGGCACAGGGUGAUGGAGCCGGCAGGCAUCACCCCGCCCACCAAGUGGGCCGGCAGGCUGGAAGAGGUGUAUGAGGCGGCGGUGGCGCGGCUGGGCGGCCUGCAGGCCGCACGGCCCAAGGCGCUGCUCGAGGCGCUGCUGCCGGAGUUCCCCAGCAUGACGCUGCAGGUGGUGAAGGGUCACGUGCAGAAGCAGCGGCGGCGCGUGCAGCGCCAGCAGCAGCCCGAGGGCAGCGGGUCGGCGGAUGGCGGGGCCCAGGCCACCCCACCACACGGGUCGCCGUCGGUUGCGGCAGCCAUGGCUGCGGCGGCUUCUGCCGGUGCUGCCGGGGGUAGCGCCACGACGGCCUCAAGCAUGCAGGUGGAUAGCUUUGGGGUAGGGGCCGUGUCCGCUGUGCAGCAGCUGAUAGAGGAGCCGUCGGAGGGGCAGCUGCGCCUCCCGCAGCAGCAGCAGCAGCAGCAGCAGCCACACAUGCCGCGACCCCAGCGGCACCGGCAGCAGCCCCAGCAGCAGCAGCAGCAGCCUGGAGACGAGCCGCAGCGGCAGCAGCCCUCGCUGCUCCCCGAGCCGCAGCGCCACGCGCUGCCCCUGGCGGCGCCGCCAUGGCAGCCAUACCUGCCGCCCGCCGCCCAGCGAGCAGCCGCCAGGGCCAGCCGCGCCGCGCUGCUGUGCCGCCAGAUGGUGGUGCUGUUGCAGCAGAAUGAGGAGCGGCUGGCGAGGCUGUUGCAGGCGCUGGAGCAGCGCCAGCGGCGAGAGGCAGCGCUGAGCGGCCUGGCAGGGCUUGGCACCAGCGGCGGCGGCGGCGGCAGCAGCCUCAGCAGUGUGGUGGCGGAGCUCACGCCAGACCUGCAAAGAGUGUUGGAGUGGCUGCUGCCACGCGGCAUGGCGGCGGCGGCAGCCUCCCGUUGUGACAGCAGCGGCAGCGGCAGCGGCAGCGGUGGCGGCGUCGGGUCCGGCCCGGCCCUGCCGCUGCGGCCGCGCCCGCUGCCCGCGAGAGCCUCCCGGCAGCAGCGCAACCUGGCUGAGAUUGCGGGGUCGUUCACUCUGCUGCCGCAGCACACGGUGCCGCCGCAGGGGUCCCGCCACGACGCGGCCACCUGCGCCGCCCCCGCCUGCCCCGUGUGCGCGUAUGAGCGGCGGCUGCAGCGGUCGCGUGAGCAGCGAGACGUGGCGCCGCUCCCACCCGACGCGCGCUCCCCACAGCAGCAGCAGCACCACCAGGGCACAGGGGGCACCUCCAGCGGCAUCCCGCGCAUCCUGCCCGUAGCCGGGCCGCCCACCAGGGUGCUUGCGGAGCUGCUUCAGAUCCCGCAGGCGCUCAUGCAGCCGCCGCCGCACUAG